UCGAAACAAUUUGGAAAACGGUAUAUUUUACGAGAUGAUACUUGGACUACGGAGUUCAUAGUUGUGACGUAUCAAAGAGUCGUGUAGAAUCCCCCCCUUCGAGAAGAAGUACUUACUUUCCUGCGCACCUAUAAAACCAGUGAAAGCGCCUGCCGACCCUCCAGACUAUCGCACAGUACGACAGUGGCAGGAGCUCUGCCGACUACCGUCACGCCAGACUUAGAUUGUCAAUUAACAAAUCUUUUCACGAUCGAAAUCGGAAGUUUCCUUCAACGAAAUUGAACAUUUUCGGAUACGUGUCCAUCAAAUCGUUGUUCUCGUGUUUCCAACUAUUUUUGUGAAUAGAGUAGUAGGUUAGAUCAGGAGUGAGAAUGAAGACGAUAGUUGUCAAAAUCCUGAUCGUCGUGUCUUUAACUGGAACACAGGUGCUAGGAUAUCCUCCGCAGGAAAGGCUCACACCAGAUGGAGCGCCAGUUCUUACGGACGCUGUUGUACACGAGGAUUCCGUGGCGUCCGCCUCGGAAGUAGGCGAGGAGUACGAGGACGACGGUGACGAUUCGGACAUGUACAUGGAAGCGGAGAGCGGCGAGGCCGAUCGGAUCGAUAAGGAGGAGGGGACGCGGCGAGAGAGCGAGAGUUACGCGAAUGCAACAACCGGCCGUCGUCCGACGAUCCCUCGCGAGGGAAGUGGCGGCGGCCAAGUCGUCGAAAAGGAGGGAAAAAGCGAGGCGUCCAAAUGGAAGGAUCAGGAAGCGGAAAAUACGAAGGAGACGGAUCGAACCGAGGGCGCGGCACCCGAUUCGGAAGACAAAAGCUUAGAAACGGAGAGUCAGAACUUCUUCCCCUCGUUCGCCGACUUGUUCGCCAAUCACAGGAGUUCGUUCGCCGAGCAGCAAAGGGUCGGCGUCGGCAGGGCACACUUCGAAAAACAACCACCGAGUAAUUUGAGGAAAAGUAACUUCUUCCAUUUCGUGAUCGCUCUUUACGAUCGACACGGGCAACCGAUCGAGAUAGAGAGGACUUCUUUCAUGGGUUUCGUCGAAAAAGAUCAGGAAUCCGAAGGACAGAAAACGAACAAUGGCAUUCAAUAUAGCCUGCAUCUGUUGUACUCGAACGGAAGUUACGAGUGCAACAGAGACAUAUUUUAUAGAUGUAUAAAAAAUGUAAGUAGACAGGCCAUCAUGUACGAGGGACAAGAUAAAAAUCCUGAAAUGUGUAGGGUCCUUCUUACUCACGAAGUGAUGUGCAGCCGGUGUUGCGACAAAAAGAGCUGCGGAAACAGGAACGAGACCCCGAGCGAUCCUGUUAUCAUCGACCGAUUCUUCCUCAAAUUCUUCCUAAAGUGCAACCAGAACUGCCUUAAGAAUGCGGGCAAUCCACGUGACAUGAGACGUUUCCAGGUGGUCAUUUCCACGCAAGUAGGAGUAGAGGGACCGCUACUGGCCGUCUCGGACAACAUGUUCGUUCACAACAACAGCAAACACGGACGUAGAACGAAACGAUUGGAUCCCAGUGAUCCUGGAGAAUACAACAGUCUUUAUACACCAGUACCUCUUCAAACACCGUGUAUAAAAGCGAUAUCGCCGAACGAAGGGUGGACAUCUGGUGGAUCGACAGUGAUAAUCAUUGGGGAGAAUUUUUUCGAUGGGCUUCAAGUUGUUUUUGGAUCGAUGUUGGUUUGGAGCGAGCUAAUUACACCAAAUGCGAUCAGAGUACAAACUCCUCCUCGACAGAUACCAGGCGUCGUUGAAGUCACGUUAUCCUAUAAAACUAAACAAUUCUGUAAAGGUGCACCUGGUAGAUUCGUCUACGUUUCAUUGAACGAACCCACGAUCGAUUACGGCUUCCAAAGGUUACAGAAGCUUAUUCCCCGGCAUCCUGGAGAUCCUGAAAAAUUACCAAAAGAGAUCAUAUUGAAAAGGGCGGCUGACCUCGCGGAAGCUUUAUACAGUAUGCCCAGAAGCGGAAACGCUGGAAUUACGGGAGCACCGAGAAGUCCGGGAUCGGGUCAUCCGCCUGCACCUCCAACCUCUAGUUCGGCAACAGCGUUUAACUCGUAUACAGGACAGCUCGCGGUGACGGUACAGGAAAAUGGUAGCGCGGCGAAAUGGACAGACGACGGUAGUUCCGUGACGACAGGAGCCGGUGCUGGAGGCGGAGGCGGCGGCGGUGGUAGCGUCGGAGGGAGCGUGGGUGGUAGCGCCGAUGCCUACAGGCAAAGCAGCAGCGCGAGUCCACGCGGGGUUGUGACCGGCGGUGGUUAUUGCGGAAGUUCGGCCAGCACGCCUCACAGUCACAGCACAAACGGAAGUUACUCGGUAGCCAAUCCGUACACCGGUAGUCCAACCCUUUACACAUCGCCGCACGAACAGUAUGGCAUUUUCUAUACGUCCGGGGACGGGAGUGCGUUCGCUCCCGUAGUACGACCACCGACCACCUCAGUCCCACCGCACUGGUCCACACAGCACCACCUCGCCACAGCCGCCCAGUAACCGCUAACCGUCCACCAUCACAACCACCAUCAUCACCACCACAACCACCCUAUGCACCACGAUUAAAGAAUUAUGAGAAACAUGCACGAGAGACGAGAGAUUCGAGG